CUGUUUUUCAUACUAUCCGAGCUAUGGGACUCGGCGGUGUGUCGUCAUCUAUUUACACUGCGUAGAUCUGUCCUUGUUGCUGUGGUAGCCUGCACGGGACAGAUAACCCUGAGCCGGCCUGAGUCAGCGAGUGAGUUAGCGCAUGCGCUCUGUCCGCUUGUUUCCAUUGGAGCUGCUAGCUGUGGCGAACACAGCCGGGGAGAGAGAGAGGAAGCCGGGAACAACAGCGGAGAACAGUCCGGGCAGUGAACCAAGUGAACCAGCGUUUUUACACAGCUGGGAUAAGAAACAUACACGCUCGGGAUCAACACCAGCGCAGUAUCUGCCUUGUAUAUACUACAAAGACCGGUCUGGUCUCUCUCCGCCGAAACUGUAGUCUGGGACGCCUGCAGCGAAGGAGGAUGUGCUCGGCGAUGUAUGCGUUGUCCACCCUCGGCGGGUACGUGCUCACCUCGGUCGUGCUGUUCAAGUGCCCGUCGCUGUUGCAUCGGAGGAAGAAGGAGACGUUCCGGAGUCGCCACAUCUCCCACCGCGGCGGUGCUGGAGAGAACUUGGAGAACACAAUGGCUGCCUUCAAACACGCGGUGGAGCUGGGCACAGACAUGCUGGAGCUGGACUGUCACAUGACCAAGGACGGGGAGGUGGUCGUGUCACAUGACAAGAACCUGAAGAGGUCGACGGGGGUCAGCGCUAACAUCUCGGAGCUGACCUACGCUGAGCUGCCGCCAUACCUGUGCAAGCUGGACGUCUCUUUCCAGAGAGAGUGCAGCUGUGAGGGAGGGGAUGACAAGCGCAUCCCUCUGCUGAGGGAGGUGUUCGAUGCCUUCCCAAACACCCCAGUCAACGUCGACAUCAAGGUCAACAAUGACACGCUCAUCAGGAAGGUGUCAAAACUGGUGACCAAGUACAACCGGGAACACCUGACCGUGUGGGGCAACUCCAGCAGCCAGAUAGUGGAGAAGUGCUACAAGGAGAACCCCCGAAUUCCACUGCUGUUCAGCCUGCAGAGGGUGCUGUUUCUGGUGGGGCUGUUCUACACCGGUCUGCUGCCUUUCGUGCCCCUGCGAGAGCAGUUCCUGGAAAUCCCCAUGCCUUCCAUCAUCACCAAGCUUAAAGACCCUCAGACGAUGACAAGGCGUCAGCGAUUGAUGGCGUGGCUGGCAGACACGCUGCUCAUGAGGAAAUCCUUGUUCAAUCACCUGCAAGCGCGAGGGAUCCAGGUUUAUGUCUGGGUGCUGAACGAUGAAGAGGACUUCAAGCGUGCGUUCGAUCUGGGGGCGACAGGUGUGAUGACAGACUACCCCACCAAGCUGAAGGAGUUCAUGGAAAGAAACUGCAGCAGUUAGAGCAGCGAACCCCCUCCCCCUGCCUCACACGCUCAUCUUUCUCUCCCCAGUGACACAGAAGCAGCAGCAAUGGUUCUGCCCCCCAGGCACGUUAGAGGAUAUUGUGAUGUGUCUUAUUACCUCAUUUUAGUCAGUUAAGGUGUAAAUAUUUUCAAUAAUGUUUUAAUGCUGUUUUUUAUUUUUAUUUUGACCUUGUCCUUUUUGACAGCCUGUAAAACACCGUCAGAUGCGUACAUGUUAGACUAAAAGGGUAAAAGGUUGUAGUUGGAAUGGAUCACUAGAUGACACUUAGUUUGCAAAUUUCUAUCAGCCCAUUUCUGUUCACCUAACAGUAUUCUACUGUAGCUGUACAGCUGGCGGUAAGCCUUAUUCAGUGGUGCUGUGAAACAGAAAUAGCAAUUGAUUUUUCUCUUUCCAAGUCACAGCAGCACUGUAUUUUCUGGAAAGAGGAAAUCGAAGACCAGGCAGUCAGUCAGGAGUCUGCAGACAGCAGUGGAUUUAGCUUGGUAGAGCCACUCUACUAAAUGAUUACAAACACAGAGAAGGUUGUUUCCACUGAAGGUGCUGUUUCAUUUUGUUUCAUUCCCUGUGCGUUGCAGCCUGUGGGCCAGGUCUCAGGAGAACUGUACGUUAAUUCUGUCUAUGUCUGUCCUCUUGGCAUUGCAGCAUUGUGAAUGGUUUGAUAAGCAAGGAUCAGGUGAAACCCAGUUAUCCUGCACAACACAGUAGGUGUGAUGGUAGCGCUCCGUUCCCUCCAUUCCCAGGUAAUGUGACCCCACCAGACGAAGCGUAUACAAUAGUGCAGAACAGAGCAGGAGCGUCCUAGUCCCUGGAACACAGGAACUAAACUGAGCAUUGCCAGGGCAGGGUUCAUAGGCUUUGCCUGAGUCAAAGUGGAAAUAAAUUCUGGGAAGCUAAUCAACAGCAUAACAGAGACCCUUGUGACUGGGUUGAUAUGCUAAAGAGAAGUACAGAAAUGUUUUUGUAAGCUGUUAAAACAGCCUUAGUGUGUUGAUGUGUGCAGGGUACAAGGACAUGACUGAACCCAGUCAAGCAGAGGCAUGGUUUCGCUUCAGUGAAUAGCUGAUUGUGCUGCGCUGUUAACACUUGUAUCCUCUGUCCUAGAGCCCGGAUAUUGGGUCUGAAGUCGCUUCCCCUUUAAAUUAUUAUUGUGUUGUCUUAUGUUUAACCCUUUAGCACUUGGUACAUUUUUUUAAUGUCUGUUUACAGUUUAAUAUGCUUUAAGGACCCUCUCUGCUAUUCAGAUUGAACAAUAGAAGGUUAUUACAUUAUAGAAUUCUCCUGGAACCAAGAAAUAAAAUAUCCUAGCAACAGCAGUGCAAUAAAACAUCCAUGCCAUUUUAAUGCUUGACUUCACUGCUGCUAUUCCAACAGCAGGUGGCAGCACCAGCUAAUGCAAGCCACAAUGAAACAUGAUCACUGCAGGCAUUGUCUGAGUGGUCUUCAAGGUAAAACGCAGAGAGGUAAAGAAUUGUAAAUGCAUAAUCUAACUGUGGGAAAAGCAAAGGGUUACAGAGGAGUUUUCUAUGGGUAUCCACACAGUCGCUGAUCAGAGUGGGCUCUACAGACAGGUUGUAUUCAGUGCACUUUACAUUGUCAGACUGCUUUUCCUGAAGCACGUCCCGAGUGUAAGUGAAGCAGGGUGUGUUCAGGGCAGUAAUAGCUGUGUUAUUCCUCUGAGUCGCGUCUCCAGCUGACCCUGUGUUAGAAUAGAAAGUGCUGCAGAGAGGGCUUGCUGUUGCUCAGAUAGAAGAGAGCCGGGGUACCCCCAGGGAAACGCUGCACUGGCAGUGCUGACUGUACCUGUGGAUGUUUUAAAGUAAAACUUUAAAGAUGAGUAGGGUUGGUUUUGGUAGUACAGAUUGAUACAUGCUGUCUUUUUAUAAAGGUGGAAUUGUGAAGAUGAGUAGUUUUGAAUGUUGCUGGGGUUCUUGGUAAAUAGAGUUAGUUUAUAACGCAGGAUUGUUUUAUUUCGGUCUCGUAUGUAUUUUUGUUGUUAGUAACAUGGUUGGGAAUUUGUUUUUUAAAAGAGUUAAGAUCUAAUCUCCACCCGAGAGGUAGCUCUGGGGUUUAGGGUUACCCCUGUAUCCCACUCAAGACCAACCCCUUUUAAAC